UCCUUCCCACAACCACAAACAACAGCCGGCCCUAAUUUCCCUUCCCUGACCUUGAGAGUUGAGAGUGAGAGACCCUGACCCUCGACUUCCUUCAGCCUUCAGGCAGCAGCUCAUCGUCGUCGGUCUCCCAGUCGCCGGUCCCUGUCUCAUCACGAUUUUCGCAAGUCUUCACCGAAUCGCGCCCCCCGGCGGCGCUGUUUGGUCUUGCCUCUACUCUAUCCUCUGCUCAUCUCUCCUCCUUUGCCUCUCGGGCCUCGACGGUUCUGUGUCCGGCGGAUUUCCGGCGCGCUCCUCUCUCCUCCUCUGCUUCUUGGCGGCUGUGUUUCAGACUUUCAUGGCAGAGAUGGGUGAGGAGGUGAAAGCAAUUGUUCCCGAGUCUGUGCUUAAGAAGCAAAAAAGGGAGGAGGAAUGGGCCUUGAAGAAAAAGGAGGAGCUUAAUGCUGCAAAGAAGAAAAGAGCUGAGAGCCGCAAGCUCAUUUACCGCAGGGCAAAGCAAUAUGCAAAUGAAUACCAGGAGCAGGAAAAGCAGCUGAUCCAAUUGAAGCGGGAAGCAAAGCUGAAAGGUGGAUUCUAUGUUGAUCCAGAGGCUAAGCUCCUGUUUAUCAUCCGUAUCCGUGGUAUCAAUGCCAUGGACCCCAAGUCAAGAAAGAUCUUGCAGUUGUUGAGGUUGAGACAGAUCUUCAAUGGUGUCUUUCUGAAGGUGAACAAGGCCACAAUGAACAUGCUUCACAGGGUUGAACCAUAUGUGACCUAUGGAUACCCAAAUCUGAAGAGUGUAAAAGAGCUUAUUUACAAGAGGGGCUUUGGUAAGCUGAACAAGCAGAGAAUUUCCCUAACUGACAAUUCCAUCAUUGAGAAGGCACUGGGCGAACAUGGAAUCAUCUGCAUCGAAGAUCUUAUCCAUGAGAUCAUAACCGUUGGAUCACAUUUCAAGGAAGCAAACAACUUCCUUUGGCCAUUUAAGCUCAAGGCUCCAUUGGGUGGCUUGAAGAAGAAGAGAAACCACUAUGUUGAAGGAGGAGAUGCUGGAAACAGGGAGAACUACAUCAAUGAGCUUAUCAGGAGAAUGAAUUAGGAUGUGGACUUCUGUUCCAAGCAUAGUGGAUUCAGUCUUUUAUUGGCUUUUUUAGAUCAAGGUUUAUUGAAAGUUUGGAAGUAAUACAUUUCUGACACUGAUAAAAUCUUUGUUCAAGGUUUAUUUUGUUUUUCAUUUUACAAAACAGAGUUUGUUGAGUUGUCCUUUAGACAUUGAGUAUUAUCCGUUUAUAGUGUUUUUUUUA